CAUACUUGCUGUGGUUCUCCGGAUUUGUUCUUUUCUUGAAAUGAUAGGACUAGGAAACACCUGUCGUGGGAUGAAGUCUCCACCACUCCUCAUGGCUGCACUUAUGGCGUGCAUAAUUGUUUUGGGUUUCAAUUACUGGGUUGCAAGUUCUCGCAGCAUGGAUCUGCAGGGUCGAGUCAUGGAUCUGGAAGUCAAAGUCCGCAGGGCGGCAGCAGAGAGGGGUGCUGUGGAGCAAAAAAAGAAUGAAUUCCAAGGGGAGCUAGAGAAGCAGCAACAGCAGAUUGACAAAAUCCAGUCCUUGCACAACUUUCAGAUGGAAAAUGCCAACAGAGUACAUCAGGAAGAGAAGGCAAUGCUGAUGAGUAACAUCACUGUAAAUGAUCGAUUGAUUCAGAGUUUACGAGAACACUUGAAAGAGUUACAGACGGAGUAUGGAAAGCUACAGCUGGAUGUUUACUGGUUUCAGAAGAAUCAGACUAACCUUCAGAGGAAGUUCUCAUAUGAUCUGUCACAGUGCAUCAACCAGAUGAAAGAAUUAAAAGAACAAUGUGAAGAAAGGAUAGAUGAGUUUAGAAAAAAGAGUAGUGAUGUAUCACAAAUCAAAGAAAACAAAGACUUCACAGAAGAUAGCCAGGUUGAUACUCAACUACCAGCUUUGAAGCAAACAGGGUUCCAGCAGGCUGACUUGGAACAGCAGAAAACCAGUGAAGAUGUUCCUAAAGCAGUACCUACAGUAAGAAAGACAGACCUGAUGCAGGCUAAAGAAAGAACAGACAGCCUAACUGACAUCAGAGACCAGGAACCUAAGGCAGAAGAGGAGCAGCUUUCUAGUCAGUUGGAAAAUCCUCAAGAGUCGCUCAAGGCUGCUGCAGGUCACAAGGAGAUGCACCCUGUGUCAGAGAAGGAGCCAAAUCCACCUGAGGAUGAGAAACAUGUAGCUGGGCAAGAUAUGUCAGAGCCAGCAGCAGAGCAGGCUGCCAGUGAGGAAGCUGAGAGGGAACAGUUCCUAAAUUACAAUGAUAAGCAGGAUGACUUGUCCCCUGGAAAGGCUGACAAACAGGAACGUGAAGCAGUGAACCAGGACAAGGAUGUCGAUUACAAUUUAGAUGUGAAUGAAGCUGAAUCAGAAACUGACAAGCAAGCAGCACUUGCUGGGAUUGAAAAUGUUCAAAACCAUGAAGAUAUGCAGAACCACUUACCUGACAACAGUGAAGGACGACAGAAGUUGUGAACAAAGGAAGUUCAUGAUACAACUGAGUCACCUCUUCCUCCAAAUGCAAUAAUGAUCCAAGCAAAGUGAUCUUAGAAGGUUUUGAUUAUCUUCUAAAGGCUUGACUAAGGGCACAAAUUAAGUAGUAUUUUCUUGUGAAGUUUUAGUACUGUUGCAGUGAGGAAAAGCGGUAAAUCUCUGGAGGCCUGUUUCAAAGCAGUUUGGCCUCUGCAAUGACUUUCUCCUUCCUAUAAAUUACAAAAUUGCAGUCAGGUAGCAAUGAAGUUAGUAACUUUGAAGUUGGCUACCUUGUAUAUCAUACUGCAGUAAGCACAUGUGUGGAUUAGUGGCAGUCCUCUGCCAAGGAUGGAUCUCUGCUGAGCAAUGCGUAGUAGAGAAAUCCCCAGCUCAGUUUUAAGAAUUUAAGAAGGGGCUGUGUUACUGUAACAAAACAAAGGAUGAAAACCAGUCCAUGCUGCAGUCUACCCUUGUGUCUGUUCUGGCACUUUUUUACUGCAGCACAGACUGAGAAAGCACAACUAGUCUCAGAUACUAUGCAGAAUGAUAUAUGUACCUGGGCCUCUAAAUUAAACUCCUAGAUUACACUGUUGAGAUGUGUUCUUAGUUUCAAAGUUAAAAAAAAAACAAACCCAAAAAGGAUUCUGACAAUAGAAGCUUCUUGCUAAGAGAUUAGCCAGGAAGAUUUUUCUGAAAGCUUUGUUGGAUUCCACAAGGUCAGUACUACAGUGUGUUUUGGUUACCACUACCUGGCACGAGUUUAGUGUAAAAAUUCAAAUUCAUAAACUUCAGCAGAUUUCUGAAAUGCUGUACUACAACUAUCCUUUAUGUCACCCAGCUCCUGUCUUUUGCAAAAACAGAGGAAUGCAAAUGCUUGCCUUGUACAACAGCAGUCUCAUCUGAAGAGGUAACCAGACUAUGCAUUUAGAAGACAAGGACGUGUCUUCUACAGGUGAAGCUGUGUUAAUCACAAUGUAUCAUCUUGCUAAUCCAUCUGCAGUCUUUCCCGUAACUUGUUAAAUGUAAACUAAAAACUAUUUUACUUCCUGUGAGCUAGAAAUACCCUCUGAUUACACAAAGGCACCCUUACCUGCAGUCCAGCCACCAUGUAUAGCCUGCUGUUUUGAAGAAAUGUUUACAUUUGUGUCUCUGGUCCCAAGACCCAACACCCAUGUUUGGAGCAUUGUUUGUGAGUAUGAACCAACCUCUGUUGCAACAACAUAGCAGUCAGACAGCUGUGAUUAACUUGCCAACCAGCAUUCCACUUAAGAAAACACAAAUUUGUCUUUGCUUUCUGUUAAAGCACUUCACUUUGUAACUCCUUUUCUGGUGUGUUGUUCUUCAGUGUACUACUUAAGAGCUCCUGUACUGUAAGAUAAGGCUGGCUCUUUUGCGUAUGAAAAGGGUAUUAGUUUUCAUCAAGUGAAGGUCAGAGUUUAAGUCAAAAGAUGUCUUUUAAGCCUAAACACAGAAACAGUUCACUAAGAGUUUUUCACCAUUUAAGUAAGAACUAACUGGCCUGGGCUACUACAGUCAACACAGCAGGGAAAACAUGCUUGUAAACAGGAGGGAAGAGGAAUGAGCAUCUGUUCUAACAAGUAUUGGGAAACUCAGGUUAUUGGGACUUUUUUUGCAAAUAAUGACAUGUUUCAACAUCAAAGUGUUUACCUAUAAUUUGGAUAAAAAUACUAAAAAUACUUAUCCAUAAUUUGGAUUAAAAUGCCCAUCUUCUAAGCAUUUUCCUAGGACUUAAUCAGUAAACAAUUAUGCAGCUGAGAUUUAAGUUGAUUAGGAAUUGAAUAUUGAUUGCUAAAAAGCAUGUAUUCUAACAGUAAAAAACAGACAGUGAAACACUAUAUUCAGGUUGAAUGAAUAGCUUUACCAGUAUCAAGUUAAAAAUUCCAAAGAAUCAAGCACUUAAGGGUAAUUAAUAUAUUUCCAGAGGAUUAUUUUAAAACUAAUUGUUUUGGCUACACUUCUGUUUGCCAACUGGAUGCUGUCCUCCAUAGAUAUGACCACCUCUGUACAAAGCACACUUGUAAACCUCUGAGGGCAAAGGGUCCAAAAACAUGCAAAAGAGCAAUGUUCAAAAUGAAGGACUACAGUUUUAUUCCCAAUGACUUCCAGUGCUUCAAUCUAACUUGGGUGGUAGAUUUCUAGUAUACAAGAAGCCUGUACGUUUAGUGUACAGAAUUUUAGAAUGUAAAGACCUUUAGUUGAACAAGAGAUUUAUCUGGAACUGUGGCAUACAUAGUGUUGUCUCUCACUAAUUUUUUUAGUUGUGUGAGGCAUUACUAGUUUUCUCUAAUUAUCUUGGUGUUAUAUUAGCACUUUGGUUUGGUUUUCUUUACAACUAAACUUGAUCCAUUUUAGGUAAGCAUUUAAAAGUAAAAGUAUUUAGAAGAAUCUCUAGUGUGCUGAUGUUAUUUUGUACAACUCAUCCAGUUCUAAUUGUAAUGAAAAGGGGAAAUAAUAAUAUUUUCUUGGUUCUGCAAAUCACAUGUAAUUUACUUUCUCUUUUACUUGCUGCUUGCUUUGAAGAAAUAAAAAAGGCUGUCCUUGA